AUGAAUCCUCAAGAUGCUAAAGAUGGUGUGGACUCGACAUCAGGGGCGGACGAGGGACACGCCCAGGCCAAUGGGUUCCGCCAUCUCAAGGAACAGCAACCUCACCAUUCAGUCGGGUUUUGGCAUCCCCAAAUGAACAAGGUCCGGCGGCAUGUUAUCCUGCUCUGGGCGCGCACGGUACUGAUACUUUUGGUCGCCAUCCUUGCCAUCCUCUCACUCUACUGGGGCGUCCUUUUCCGGGUUGAGGCAAAUCUACGAUCCAUCAUCGUCUAUGUCGUCGACUUCGACGCAGUAGUCGCCCCUUACGACAACGUUGAGCCAGUCGUUGGUCCAGCCGUCGUGAAAAUGACCGAACAGCUCUUCAACUCCCCCACGCCAUCCCUGGGCUUCACCACUGUGCCCGCAUCUCAAUUUGGCAACGACCCGCUUCAGGUGCGCGAGGCUGUGUACAGGUGGGACGCCUGGGCUGCCGUAGUGGUCAACCCUAACUCCACUUCUCUACUUCAAACGGCCGUGUCGACCGGAAACUCCUCCUACGACCCCACCGGAGCAGUGCAGGUCAUUUUUCAGACGGCAAGGGACUCGACCACGAUGCAGAGCGACAUAUUGCCAUACUUGCAAAAAUUCACUGAAGAGUUCGGCGCCAUGUUCGGUCCCAUGUGGGGACAGAUGAUCAUGUCCAACGAGAGCCUCACGCGGGAGAAUUUAGCCAGGGCACCCGCAGCAGUGAAUCCAGGUGUCACCCCCCUCCUCUACGAUCUUCGGCCCUUCAGUCCACCUACCGCCACUCCAGCCGUCAGCAUCGGCCUCAUUUACCUCAUAAUUAUGGCCUUCUUCUCCUUCAGCUUUUUCCUUCCCAUUCAUAUGAAGUAUAUACAGCCCCAGGGGCACCCACCGCUGCACUUCUGGCAGCUCAUUAUCUGGCGGUGGUUUGCCACUGUCGCAGCUUAUUGUUUUAUCAGCCUUGCUUACUCACUCAUUUCCCUUGCCUUUCAGAUCCCUUUCUGGCCAGCGCCCGCGAGCCAUGUCUUCUCGCCUCCGCCAGAGGGUGCGACAGCAUACGGUCGGGCUACUUUUGUAGUAUACUGGAUGGUAAAUUAUGUCGGGAUGUGUGCUUUGGGACUAGCAUGCGAGAAUGUCGCCAUGAUAAUCGGACAGCCAUGGACAGCUUUGUGGUUGAUCUUCUGGGUGAUCACCAAUGUGUCUACAAGCUUCUACAGCCUGGAUCUUGCGCCAGGGUUCUACGCUUGGGGCUACGCUUGGCCGCUGCAUAACAUCGUCGAGGCAAGUCGGCAAUUGUUGUUCGAUCUACAUUCCAAGAUCGGCUUGAAUGUGGGUAUCCUGUUUGCGUGGUCAGCAAUAAAUACAGUCCUGUUUCCAUUCUGUUGCUACUUUAUGAGGUGGAAGGGUGAGCACGAGAAGAGGCAAGCAGAGAAGAACAAAGAUCGGUACGUGGUUGAUACGGAAAGCGGCGAGAAAGAGCUAGUUAAGGAAAAGGGACAGAAGCCUCCGAUUAGAAAGAGGGGCUUCAUGAGAGGUGUCUAA